UAAAUGGAACAAAUAGAUUGUAAAUGUAGGUCAGUGCUUCUUACAGUGUUUAGGCUAGCGGAGAAGGCCUUGCUGGCCCUGAGCAUCCACCACUAAAUUUAGGAAUUAUGCAUCUCAAUAAUGACCUCCACAAACAGCUUGGAGGGUGCAGGGGAGCUCUGUCAAUGUAAAAACUAACAAUAGACAGACACAGGUGUCCAAAAUGAGGAUGGAUGGUGUAUCCUUGAGUGUUUUCUCCUGGCAGUGUGGUUUUUGACAGCUGUUCUAGUUCCUCAACCUGAGAAUCACAUUGCAGCUAAGCUGUCUUCCAGCUGUGGCCCCCUAGAUGUAUGACCUGAUGGAUGAUGAAUGAUAAUAGAUACAUAAAAGAAACAUUGUGGUUUGGAUUGUGUGAAUUGGACGCAGAUAAAGCAGCCAUCCAUUCUUUUUUUAAUACCACCUGUACACAUUUACAGUGAUGGGUGAAGAGGAGCCUGUCCCAGCUGACUUUGGGCGAGAGGCGGGGUAGACCCUAGACUGGUCACCAGUCUAUCACAAGGGGUACGGAUGGAUGGAGAAGACAAUGUCCACUUUCCUUGUGAGCUCAGUUGUGAACACACUGCCUUUUCUGCAUGACAUUUAUCAUGUAUAUGAAGUAUGCAUGAAUUUUCAAUUCAACCGACCACACCAGAAAAACACACUAAAGCGUCCAACCAUCUAUUUUCUGGACCUUGGUUUACAAGAUUUACAUAUCCGGCAUGCGCCAUAAUCUAUCACUAACCUACGUUAACGCAGUUGUUAAGUGUUAUGAAUAACACUUCUAGGCCAUAAAUGUCAAACAAUCAAAUGAAAAACAGCAAAUAGGGUGGUAACUUAACGUGCCUUAUUGUGCCUCAUGACCAUGUAUUCUUACACCAUGCACAAACUAGUUCCUUGCACGCCGUCCGUAACCUCAAAACCUUGUUUGUCUGGACUGUCAUUAAAACCGCUGAACAAUUUAGAGAGUUAGACCAAUGUCCCAAAAUGAAUCAGAUUCAGCCUAAAGCAUGGUACACAUAUUCCGACAAUCGGGCCAAAUUUGAGAAUUUUCCUUCCCUUGCGAGCAAAGACAACAAAGGCCCGAUUGUCAGAUGUCUCUGAAAAUUAUGCUGAGUGAUUAUCCUGUGGUGUGUUUAGAGUGGUUUUUUUUUUCUCUCCAAUCUGCUCGGAAAAUGGUUGGGGCUGACAACUCCUUAUGGUGUGAGGCCAGGUGUGGGCACGGCCACCAUAGUAGACAGAAGGGCGGCCAUCCCACUGGCCACUCCCCUCGUGCAUGGGCGAUACGGCGUGAAAAAAAUUUGUGUCCUAUUAAGAUCAGCAUUUGUUCAACUAUAGAUCACAGGCUGUAUUCUUAAAGUAUGUACUGUAUAUCGGAUUAGCUUGAUGAAUGCCCACAUGUGCAGAGCACACACCUGCUCCUUCUCUUCUGGUUUGGUAGCAGAAGGGCUACCUCUUCUGGACACUUUAACAACCGGUAAAUAGCCUCCAGCAUUGAUGAUUUGAUGUCACUUGUGCAAAUGGAGUCUUUCACAAUCAUAAAUCAUUAACCUUUGAGUCAGCCAGGAAGCUGUCCCAUGAGCACCAAAAAAGCCCUUUGGGUGGCAAAAAUAAACAAUAUCAAUGAAAUCCAGUUUUGCUAAGAUACGAUUGGUUGGAGCACAGCCUGUUCUCAGGCUAGAUAGUGCGUCCCCCCUGCUGAAUAGCAAGGCUGGAAAUCAAGAGGGGAGAACACAAAAAGGAAACGCAGCUCCUCUGUAUGAGACCUCGCCGUGGACACAGGACAUUUUCCACCUGGCUCGCCCUCUUAAUGGAACAAAUGUGGACUUAUCGAGCGUGGCAAAGCAGGGCAUGGCUUUAAGCAUGUGUGCUCAUGUGUUCAUCCAGGACUCCUGUUGCUAUAUAUGCUAGCCUCUGAAGUGCGAUAUGCCGAGACCAAGCCAAUUGACUUUGUGUGCAGCAGAUCGUCCAGGAGAGCGAUGAAUAUUGUGACAGAGAUGCAGACCGCACUGAACAACUGCAACAGUUCCACCAUCCUGCCCACGCCAGUUCAGCUACCCUGCACAGAGCUCCAUGUAGCAUCUUGGGAAAGAAAAUCAUACCAUGAAAGGAGACAAGACAUCAGUGCAUCCUUGAGGCAUCUUUUUGAAGGUGUCAAGGUUGCGAGGCCCCUCGGCCAGGCAGAAUGUGGUUCGGUGCUUUUGCAGAGACUUGAGCACAACAUCAACAGUUACCUCCUCAUCCUCACACAUCUUCAGUUGAGUGAGCCAGUGGAGAACCCAGAAUUGUCCUGUGUUCCUCGAAGCACCCUCAGUCUGAGCACAGUCCUGCUAAACUACAAGCGAUUGAUCACAGGCAAACUGGAGCGGCUGAUGAUGAGCCUGGAAAGUAGAUGCCCUCCCCAGUGAUGAGAAGAGCAUCUUCAGUAAACCCACUUUUUGUCAGCGCCUGGGACAAACAGAACAAAGAAUGCUGGAUUGUCCAAAAUUGGAAGUCAGUGAGGCUGACACUCAACACACAGCUUAUGUCAUGUUUUUCUUCUUUGGACUAAUAACUAGUUGAGUCAACUGAAUCGCUGAAUCAACAGCCACUCUAUGGGUUGCAGCCAAGGAUGCACUCCAUUUUACCGCAGUUUCUUUAAAGGAGCUAAAUUAUGCAUUUUUUUUAUUUUUUUUUACAAUUUAACAUUUUUAAUGCGGAUUUAACGUGGAUUUUGUUACCAUGUCAACAAGUGGUGACCAUGACAACCGGUGGUGAGUCAGGGACUGAACCGGUAAGCAAGUGGCUUCGAAAUAAAUAAAAGCAUUUUCCCUCACGGAGGGAAAAUGCUACAAUGUG